UACCAAGACCCAUGCCGAGUGGGGCCCAGGCAGGACCGGCCCUGGGCCAUAGGCACCCUGCUGAACUAUCUGCAUAUCCACGAGGAGGCCGUGUUGACCCCAGAGAAGCUGAAAAGGACCCUGGAGCAAGAGGAGGGCAGGCGGACGUACCUGGCAGGUCCCAUCCUUCAGGACGGCCGCCCUGACCCCUCGGCAGCAGGGAGCCCCUGGGAAGGGCGCCGCAUCGACUACAUCCUGUACCGCGAGCACCCUGCCCCCAUCAGCCUGACAACGGAAGUGAAGAAGUUUUCCUUCAUCACCCAGCUGGCCGGCUGCUCGGACCACGUGGCUGUGGGGCUGCAGCUGCUCCUGAACCCUGUGCCGCAGUGACAGCAGCGAGCAUGAACCCCAGUGUAACGAUGCGGCCUCUGGUCGGACACAACUGAGAAUAUCAGUUCAGGACAAAUUACUCAGAGUAGGGCAGUUACAGCCCGAGGCUGGGGGUGGGGGUCCUUUAUAAAGGAAGGCAAAUUAAACCAGCCAGGGAGGACUUCGGUUUACGCCACUAGCUAGUCAUAAGUUACACAAGCAAUUCCCUUAGACACUCCAGUUCCCCAUUGUCACCACCAGCAGCCACUUCUUAUGGGGAUGACUAGUUGUGAAAACCAACAUCCAGUAAAAGAAAAAAGAUUCUCCUGAUCCCAAAGGACCAAGCCCCAGACC